CCGAGAUGGUCCAGGCGGGGUAAACAUGGUGGCGCCCCUGCCCUCGCCCGCCCGCCUAUUUAUUACCCUCUAAAAUGGCUCUCGGGGGGCCAGUGGUGUGAUGGCCUCAAGAGAAAGUGGAAAUCUCAGCGGAGGUGGAGGAGUAGCAGCAACAGCAGCAGCAGCGGCAGCAGCUGCUGCAGCGGCAGGUACAAGCCCCCACCAGCAGCAACAGCAGCAGAAUCCCUCACAGACACCCAUGACAGCAGCAGGGGCAGGGGGAAGUGUGGGGUCCCUCCCUGCUGGGGGCUCACAAGCUGCAGUGGCUGCAGCAGGGGGUGGAGGGGCAGCAGAAGGGGCUGGUAGGGUGAGCAAUGUUCAGCGCAUCCAGCAGAAGAAGGCGCAGGUGCGGGCAUGGCCAAGGGACAAGAAGCUUGAGAAGUUAGCCAUCUAUUCUGCAUGCAAAGGGGAUGAAAACUGUAAAUGUAAUGGCUGGAAAAACCCCACACCACCUGCUCACCCAGCCCGGCCAGACACGCCCCAGCCAGCCGCACCUCCGUCACAGCCCUGCCGCAGCUGCUCACACAUGCUCUGCAAGCACGUCAGCCACCUUGAGUCUGCAACGGAUGACGACCUUGACCGCCUCCUCUCCAUUGUGGUGGACGUGGAGAACCUCUUCAUCUGUGUCCACCGAGAGGAGGACCCUGACACCAAGCAGGUGUACUCGUACCUGUUCCGACGGCUGCGUAAGUGCAUCCUGCAGGUGACGCCCCCGACAGUGGAGGUGCCCCUGGGGACGCCACCGUUUGAGCGGCCGUCCAUCUUCAAGGGGGUCACCAAUUUCGUCUUCCACAAGUUUAAUCGUCUGCAGCAGAAAGACUUUCAGAUGAUGAGUGACCUGGCUAAAAUGUUUCUGCACUGCCUCAAUCACUGGCGGCUAGAGACACCCUCAGCACGCCGUGCCCACGCCACGCCAGAAGAAAGCUCAGCUUAUAAGGUCAACUAUACCAGGUGGCUUUGCUUCAGUUAUGUCCCACAACUGUGUGACUCUCUCCCACACCACGAGACCACCGCCAUCUUUGGUCGCACGUUUCUGCGGGCAGUCUUUCACACUCUCCGUAAGCAGCUGCUGGACAAGUUUAGGGCUGAAAAGGACAAGAUGCCACCUGAGAAGAAGUUGCUGUUGCUGAACCACUUCCCACGGUUCCUUUCAAUGCUGGAGGAGGAGGUUUACUCCAACUCCUCCCCCAUAUGGGACGCCGACUACCGGCCUCAGCUCCCGCCACACCUCCACACCCAAGCUGCAGAGAGGGCCUCCGGUGGGAGUGGUCCUGCUCGGGGGGAGUUUGAGAGGCUGUCUGUGCCGCCCAGUGAGGGUCAGUACACCACUGUCAGCCUGACCCCCGCUGCCACACGCCGGGCACGGAUGGAAGAGAGCCGUGGAGAGAAGCGUGAAGGGGAGGAUGUGUGUGAGAACAGCAGUAACAGCAGCAGCAGUAGCAGUAGUAGCACAACCACCAACAGCAACAGCAGCAAGAGGAUAAAGCUGGAAUCUGAGGACCUUGGGGAGGAGACUGUCGCCGAGGUUGUGGCCACCAUCACUGACCCCAGGAAGAUGGUGGGGCCGGAGGUGCUCUUCUCAGAGAACGCAGCCAGGGACGAGGCAGCAAAGUUGGAGGAACGCAAAGGCAACAUAGAGUUCCAUGUGAUUGGUAACUCCCUGACCCAGAAGGUUUCCAAGCAAACCAUGCUGUGGCUCAUUGGCCUGCAAAAUGUUUUCUCCCACCAAUUACCAAGGAUGCCGAAAGACUACAUCACUCGCCUUGUGUUUGACCCGAAGCACCGCACACUGGCGCUCAUCAAGGACAACCGGCCCAUUGGAGGGAUCUGCUUCCGCAUGUUUGCAGCUCAAGGCUUCACCGAAAUCGUGUUUUGUGCCGUCACCUCCAACGAGCAGGUGAAGGGCUACGGCACACACAUGAUGAACCACCUCAAGGACUACCACGUCAAGAACAAUGUGUUGCACUUCCUCACCUUUGCUGAUGAGUUUGCCAUCGGCUACUUCAAGAAGCAAGGCUUCAGCAAGGAUAUCCAGCUGGCCCGCUCAGUGUACCAGGGCUACAUCAAGGACUAUGAGGGUGCCACUCUCAUGGGCUGUGAACUUAACCCCAACAUUGUCUACACCGAGUUCACAGCUGUCAUAAGGAGGCAGAAAGAGAUCAUCAAGAAGCUCAUAGAAAGGAAGCAGAGUGAGAUCCGGAAGGUGCAUCCAGGGCUCACAUGCUUCAGGGACGGUGUGCGGGAGAUUCCAGUUGAGAGCAUCCCAGGCAUCCGUGAGGCUGGAUGGAAGGGGCCCACUUGUGCCAAGCCUGCACGCUCCCCCAGCCAGGAACACCAGGAGGCAGAGUACCUCAGCAGCAUGCUGAAGACUCUCUUGUGCAAUGUUAAGAGCCAUGCAGCAGCCUGGCCCUUCCAAGUCCCCGUGGACCCCAAUGAAGUACCUGACUACUACGACCACAUCAAGUAUCCCAUGGAUCUGAAGACCAUGACAGAGCGGCUGAAGGCCAACUACUACGUAAAUGCCAGGCUGUUCAAUGCUGACAUGCUGCGGAUAUUCAAGAACUGCCGCUUCUACAAUCACCCAGAGACCGAGUACUACAAGUGUGCCAACAACCUGGAGAAGUACUACAUAAACAAGAUGAGGGAACUUGGUCUGCUAGAUAGAGACAAGUGAAUGUGUGUGUCUGAAUAUGGCGGUCAAGACUUAUAAGUGUAUAGUUGUGUCUGAAUAUGACGGUCAUGAAGAAUGAGUGUGUGAAUGUGAUGGUCCAUUAUUUUUAUUAAACUUAUAGUGAUUGCAGCAGCAGCUGUUUUCUGCUUCCCAGUGGACUAAUGGAGAAAGAAAACAAGGCUUCAGAUACGAUACACUUUAAAGUAAUCAUACGUCAUCACUGACAGUAAUGUUGCAAAACUAUACAUCUGUUUAUUAUAAUUACAAACACCAGAGAGUUUCAUGAAGUGAAGUUAUUUGUGCGAGGGCAAACAAACUUUUUGCCCCUGUGGCUUUUGCAAACUGUGUAUGGUGUGUUUCUGUUCUGGCUGCUACUUUUACAAUAUUUAUUGACUUCUGUAGGAUAGUGUCCAUGUAUAGAAUGAGUAGCAACCUUUAUUAAGUCUUGAUGAUUUUAUAUCCAAAUUUCAUAAUAUCUGAUGCAUGUACUUUCUUUACUAUUUUUUUCCACAUUAAAGUAACUUGAUUUCAAGUUUUUAAUAUUUGGGAAAUAUAUUAAGUUUUAUACAGUUUGUUUUUGUCAGCCUUGCAUAACUGAAUAGUGUUAGUGGUGGGUUGUCGAGGUGCAGCACAACAAGAACAGUGCAAGUCAUGUGAAAGAUCCUAAAAGGUGUUGGACAAGAGGCGAUAGACAUGCUGUACCGAGACCCACUACAGGAAAGCCCUGCACAUUUUACCCAACGUGCAAACUCUGUGACGGAAAUCACUGGUGAUCACAAUAAACUCCCUUAAAAAGCAAAAGUGGUUGUCAUAAUGAAUAAUAAAUCUUUAAUUUAAAA